AAAAAAAUGAAAUUGUUAGUAAAUAUCUGUAUAUACAUCACCAUGUUACAUGUAGGAAAGGACUAUUAAUCUUCUCCUUUUCUGUGCGAAGAUUAAUGCUUAUAAUAAUACUCACAAAACUGGAAUAAAGCUGCUUCUGUUCCCCGUGGCUGCUUCUUCUUCCUCUUUUUUUCUUUCUCUCUCUUUUCUCUCUGCUUCUGCUGCAAUUUCUUUCUCUUUUUUUUUUCUUUUGGUUACUUGUUUCUUGUCUUCCUUGGAGUCUGACCCUGUUGCCAGCUUUGACUCAAGAAGAUGUUUGUAAGAUAUCUCCUGAGAAUCAAUGGGUUGCAUUUUGCUUUUUGUACACUCUUUCAGGUGGCAUUGCUCUUGCUUGUGGCAUUGAGCAAUGCCGUGAGAGUUAGCGGAGAUGGUGGGCAAUGUGGUUCCAACCCAACACUAGACCCAAGACCACACAGUGUCUCCAUUUUGGAGUUUGGUGCGGUUGGAGAUGGUAGAACACUCAACACCAUUGCAUUCCAGAACGCCAUCUUUUAUCUCAAGUCAUUUGCCGAUAAGGGUGGCGCUCAGCUCUAUGUUCCUCCCGGUAAAUGGCUCACCGGAAGCUUCAAUCUUACCAGCCAUCUCACCCUCUUUUUGGAAAAAGGUGCUGUCAUUAUUGGAUCUCAGAAUCCAUCUCAUCGGGAUGUUGUUGAACCCUUGCCUUCGUAUGGCCGAGGCCUUGAAGUUCCCGGGGGAAGAUAUCAGAGCUUGAUAAAUGGAUACAUGUUACAUGAUGUGGUUGUAACAGGUAAUAAUGGAACCAUUGAUGGCAUGGGAAUGGUUUGGUGGGAGUGGUAUAGCUCCCAUUCCUUGAACCAUAGCCGUCCUCAUCUGGUUGAAAUUGUGGCAUCUGAUAAUGUGGUGGUUUCAAAUCUUACAUUCUUGAAUGCCCCAGCUUAUAGCAUACACCCAGUCUAUUGCAGCCAUGUACAUAUUCAAAAUGUUUCAAUCUCUGCUCCUCCAGAAUCCCCUUAUACUGUUGGUAUAGUGCCAGAUUCUUCUGAAUAUGUGUGUAUAGAAGAUUGUAUUGUUGGCAUGGGAUUUGAUGCAAUAUCUCUUAAAAGUGGCUGGGAUGAGUAUGGCAUUGCCUAUGGCAGGCCAACUGAGAAUGUGCACAUCAGAAGGGUGCAUCUUCAUGCAUUUUCUGGCUCUGCUCUUGCAUUUGGAAGUGACAUGUCUGGUGGCAUUUCAAAUGUUGUAGUGGAGCAUGCUCAUUUUAUGAAAUCAAACAGUGGCAUUGAGUUUAGAACCACAAGAGGAAGAGGUGGUUAUAUGAAAGAUAUUGUUAUAUCAGACAUAGAAAUGGAAAAUGUCCACACAGCAAUUGCUGCCACUGGUAACUGUGGUUCUCAUCCUGAUGACAAUUUUGAUCCAAAUGCACUCCCACUUUUGCAUCACAUCACAUUGAGGGAUGUCACAGGCACAAACAUUAGCAUUGCUGGAAACUUUGCUGGAAUAGAGGAAUCCCCUUUCACAUACAUAUGCCUUUCCAACAUAACCUUGUCAACAAAUUCUGUUUCUCCCAUGACAUGGGAAUGCUCAAAUGUGUCUGGAUUUUCAGACUCAGUGCUCCCAGAACCUUGUCCUGAACUUGGAAACCCCUCAUAUGAUUCUUCUUCCUCCUGUUUCUACCUUGUGAGUAUCAGUGGAAAAACUGCAGUGCAGUGAUAAUUCUUUCUCAAUACAACAAGAUUCUUAUUCUUAAGUUCCCUUUUGCUUGAUGUUGAUGAAGAAGUGAAUGGCCAUUUUCCAUCAAAGAUCAGACCACAUUCUUUCCAAUAAGACGGUUGUGAGGAUUAUUCAUUUUUUCAUCUCUUAGAUUUGCGUUCUUGCAUGUUCCUAUCAGCACAUUAUUUGUACAGCUUCAUUUCUUCAUUCAUGUGUAAGGAAAUUUUGGUAGUGCCAGCCACAGGAGGACUCAAAGUUUCAUAGUUUUGCAUUAGUGGAUUUGGAUGUAAAGCAUGUAGUGGAUUUGGUGAUACUUCAAUUAAACAAAGUUCAACUUUUUUUCAUCGUUA